AUGGCGCGCAUGGAGUUUCUCGUCGCCGUCUUAACUCUGUUCCUCAUUGUUACUCUCUCAGCUGCAGUCGACACACUAACUCCUCAACAACCUCUCCUCGACGACGACGACGACGGCGGCGCCUUCGACUUGAUCUCCGCAGGCGGAAAGUUCCAGCUAGGCUUCUUCAGCCCCUCCAGCUCCAUCAAUCGGUACGUUGGCAUAUGGUUCCACAACAUCUCCGUCCAAUCCGUCGUGUGGGUAGCCAACCGCGACCAUCCCAUCGCCAGCCGAGCCUGCCGGCUCUCGCUCACCCCCAACGGAACGCUUGUCAUCUCCGACGACGAGUCGACCAUCUAUUGGUCCUCCGCGAACUUAUUCACAGUUGGCCGUCCGGUGGCGCAGCUCCUGGACGACGCGAACUUCAUCGUCCGAGAGGCCGGCAGCUACGAUCCCACCGUCGAUCCCAACAGCUACUCGGCGUGGCAAAGCUUCGAUUUUCUGACGGACACCCUGCUUCCAGGGAUGAAGCUUGGGUGGAACCUUACUAGCCGGCUUGAUCGGAAGCUGACGUUGUCAGUGAGCAAUGACGACCCGACGACUGGGAACUACACGCUUGGCGUCGAGUUGGAGGGAGACACGCAGGAAUUCUUGCGGCAGGGGACUAAGGCUCAGUGGCGGUCGGGGCCGUGGAACGGCCUCUACUUCAGCGGCGUGCCUCGGAGUCUGACGGAGAGCUUCGUGGGUUACUAUAUGCUGGUAAUCUCCGAAGAAGUGGCGCACUCGUACUUCCUCCACAACCCGUCAGUGAUCAUGAGGGAGGUUCUGACGCCCUCAGGGUUGAUGAGCGGCGAGGUGUGGAGUGAGUCGGCCCAGUCAUGGAUCGUGCAGUCGUACAUGCCGAUGGAUCGCUGCGACAGAGUGCCCCCCUGCGGACCCAACGCCGUGUGCUACCCCAACACGUGGCCGCAGUGCAAAUGCCUGCCGAGGUUCCACCCCAAGAACUCCAUCAAUUGGGAGGUCAUCCAGGACACCUCCGGCGGCUGCGUGCGCACCACGGCGUUGGAUUGCAGUAACAGCACCGAUGGGAUCUUCAGGAAAAACAGCGUGAAGUUGCCGGACACGUCGUCGUCGUCGGUGAACCGGAGCAUGAGUCUGGAAGAGUGCCAGACCUGGUGCUUGAUGAAUUGCUCCUGCACAAGCUACGCCGCUUCCAACAUCAGCAGCGGCGGCACCGGCCGUGGCCGUGGCUGCAUCAUUUGGACAUCCGACCUGGUUGAGAUAUUAUACUUCGACGACACCUCGUAUCAAGACCUCUACGUCAGGCUAGCGGCCACCGACCUGGCUGCAGCCACGGAAUCCAACGGUCACAACGGUCGAAGUCGAGCGAGUGUGAUCCUCCUCGCCGUCUCUUUCGUGUCAACUUUUCUCCUGGCUGGUGUUGCUGAGAGCGACGCCGAUGAAGCAUCACAAGCGACAGGUGAAGACUUCGAUCUGCCAUUAUUUGACUUAUCUACAAUCGCAGAGGCCACUGCCAACUUUUCAGUUGGUAACAAGCUUGGAGAGGGUGGAUUUGGUCCGGUUUACAUGGGGAGGCCAAGGAAGGGACAAGAAAUAGCUGUGAAAAGACUAUCAAAGACAUCUACACAAGGUGCUCUAGAGUUUAAGAAUGAGCGACUCUGCGAGACCGCGACGGCGUCACAGCGAGGCUGCGCCUUUGCCACUUUUCUACACGGCUGCACUAGCACCUCCGACACGCUGCACUUAAAGGUUUUGAGCUUAUGGUGCGGAGAUUUGCGAGCUGUGGUGGUUGCGGGUUGUCAUCUACUCAUCUUUUUCAUCUAG